AUGAUCCAAGUGUUCAUUACAGAAACCGAGAUACUGUUCCCACCAAUGACGAUGGUGACAAUGGUAGUCGGAAUCGAAUUGUCAUCGAGUGGCCAAACAGUCUUCUUAACGUUUUUACUAUUUGAUGGUCGCCAUACGGCAAUUUCGGGAGAGAUGACCCAAGUGCGCGAAGUUACUGACCGGAAGGUUCGUGGUUCGAACCCGACCUCUGCCUCUCGACUUCCCUUGUCUAGGCUUGGGCAACCUGGCUGUAUCCCAGCCCUCGUGCUUCCUUCGGGUAGCAUGGCAGUUAGGCACCGGAAGGGUGCUACAGCUGAACGAUAUAUACGGCAAUUUCGCUUUGAACGUUUCGGUAACAAUCAAGCUGGUAUUAUCAGUACGAAGCGGUGUAGCGCUCGGGGCGAGAAGGCUCAGUGGUUAGAGCGCGAAUUUACUGACCGGAAGGCCCGUAUUCGAAUCCGACCUCUGCCUCUCGACAUCACCUUUUUAGGCUUGGGCAACCUAGCUGUAUCCCAGCCCUCAUGCUUCCUUCGGAUGGUAUGGAAGCUAGGCACCGAAGGGUGUUACAGCUGA